AUGGCGGCAUGCGCGGUUUGCCAGGGUCGCGGUCUCUCUAUCGACCCCUGGGAGGAGUUUUCGGCCUCAUGUUACCCUCUGUACAUGCAACAGUUUCCAAGCCCUAUACCGAAUUACACGGCAGUACCUGGAUGGGCGUAUUUGCCCAUUACAAAGGAUGAGUUCGAUGUGAGCACAGCCGAAAGGCUCGCAGGCAUCCACCCUGCGGAGAACACAAUACCAAUCAUCGUCCCAGGACCACUAUCGAGCACUCCGGCACCAACCAGUCCACCAUUCACAUCUUCUCGGUCCAUGACGUCGACAUCUGGCAUAUCGAGUCCAACUCAGACGCAGAGAGUACAGCCAGUGUCGAAGACGAACCUCGCUGCAAUGGUGGCAGGUAGCGUCAUUGGGGGUGGAGUUUUCUUCGUCGGUCUCGUCCUUACUACCUUCUACCUCCUCCGGAGGCGGCGUCGUGCUCUCUAUGCCGAAAAGCUCGACAGAAGACGCAACGUCAUACUCCCUCCGGACUUAGAGGCUGUCCCUUCACCAUCCGCUGCGCCGGCUACAGGAAGGAAGUCGACGGCAACGAGAAUCAUGCACAGCGUCGACCACACCGUGCUUACAGACGUCGCCAGCUUCCAUGCCCCUCCAAUUCCCGUCAAUUCCGCCUCGAGCCCGACGUCCCCUGUCAAGGACCUGCUACACAGUGUUGCUGGAAUCUUACGGCCAACUCCUGCUGAGGGACCCCCACAACCGUCUGAAAGGGAGUUGGACUCCGGUUGGAGAGAGCAUCCUGUAGCCACGCUCCCUCCAGCGUAUACCGAAGAUUGA